AUGACAGAAAUGCCUCCUUAUCUCGCGGUCAAAGAUGAGGAGAAAAACAGUGGUCAGGCUGAUAGUGAUAUUUCUUCAGACGUCGACGACUGGGAUUUACCUUUGAGUUUUAAUAAACCUAGGCACCUUGAGCCUAUUAAAGGUGCCGAGCGAGUCGAGCAUACAUGGCGAGUCAAAGAGAAGUACAAGACUCAUUGCGUGGCUCUCGUUCUCUGCCUCAAUGUUGGAGUGGACCCCCCAGACGUGGUGAAGACACAGCCGUGCGCCAGACACGAAUGCUGGAUCGAUCCACAAUCACUGUCUCCGACCAAAGCCUUAGAGAGCAUCGGCCAUGCGCUUCAGUCUCAGUACGAGCGGUGGCAGCCGCGUGCCCGCUACAAGCAGAGUCUGGAUCCUACCAGCGAUGAGGUGAAGAAGCUUUGCUGUUCACUACGCCGCAACGCAAAAGACGAACGCGUGUUGUUCCACUAUAAUGGCCAUGGCGUGCCAAAGCCCACCACCCAAGGCGAAAUAUGGGUCUUUAACAGGGCUUACACGCAAUACAUACCUCUGUCGAUGUACGACUUGCAAACGUGGAUGGGCGCGCCGUCGCUUUACGUCUACGACUGCUCCAACGCUGGUGUCAUCGUCGAUAACUUCAAAUCGUUCGCUGAGCAGCACGAGAAAGAGUACGAGGCACAAAUGAACUCGAAAACCGAGGGCACCGCUACAAGUGCCCCCGUACCCAACGUGUCAUUCAAGAACUGCAUCCAGCUGGCGGCGUGCGCAGAGGGUCAGAGCCUGCCGAUGAACCCGGAGCUGCCUGCAGACCUGUUCACGGCGUGCCUCACCACGCCAGUCAAGAUGGCCAUGAAAUGGUUUGUGCUGCGCUCGCGGACCAGGGUUGCGCCACUCGAUGUGAAUGAUCUUAUUGACAAGAUCCCAGGCCAAGUGACAGACCGUCGCACCAUGCUUGGAGAACUGAACUGGAUAUUUACAGCCAUCACGGACACAAUUGCUUGGAGUUCCUUGCCGCCCGAGCUGUUCCAACAGUUGUUUCGCGCCGAUCUGCUCACCGCUUCUUUGUGCAGAAAUUUUCUGUUAGCCGACAGGAUUAUGAGGUCGUACAAUUGCACCCCGGUGUGCUCGCCGGCCCUACCGUCGUUAGCCUCGCAUCCUCUGUGGGCGGCAUGGGAACACACCUUGGACCUGGCGUUGGCUCAGCUGCCUAACUUGCUGCGACCGGAUCCUCUCGAGUACACGCAUUCGCCUUUCUUCCGCGACCAGCUGACUGCGUUCCAAGUGUGGCUCGACCUGGGCAAAUGGUGCGCGUGGCGGGCGCCGCCGGAGCAGCUGCCGAUGGUGCUGCAGGUGUUGCUGAGCACGCUGCACCGCGUGCGCGCGCUGCGCCUGCUGUGCCGCUUCCUGGCGCUGGGCGCCUGGGCCACGCGCGCGGUGCUAGCCGUGGGCAUCUUCCCCUACAUGCUGAAGCUGCUGCAGGCCUCCGCGCCCGACCUACGCGCCUCCAUGGUCUACAUCUGGGCCAAAAUUAUCGCCGUCGAUCCGAGUUGUCAAGUGGAUUUGGUAAAUGCAAAAGGACACAAAUAUUUCUUGUCAGUACUACAAGAUCCCUCGGUCGAUAGUGAACACAGAACGUUAGCAGCAUAUGUGUUGGCCGGAAUUGUGGACAGUUAUCCAGCAGGACAAGAAGCAGCAUUACAAGGUUCAAUGAUCUCGAUAUGCUUGGAGCAGCUCAACGAUGGGAGUGACCGUUUGGCUCAGUGGGCGUGUAUCGCUUUGGGACAGCUAUGGCGAGGGUAUGACGCAGCGCGCUGGUCAGGGGUUCGAGAUUUGGCUCACGAAAAGCUUUAUCCUCUUCUGAAUCAUCCACAUCCUGAGGUGCGCGCGGCGUGCACGUUCGCGCUGGGCACGUUCAUCGCGUGGGGCGGCGGCGGCUCGCGCACGGAGCACGCCAACGCGCUCGACCAGCAGGUCGGCGUGCAGCUCGCCGCCAGGUUAGCGCUCGACGCCUCGCCGCUCGUGCGACACGAGAUACUCGCCGCACUCCAAUGGCUGGUGAUGAUUUUCGAGCAACAUUUCAUCGCUGUAUACAUUCAAGAAAGAGUGCGCAAAAGCGAUAGGCAGCCCGUGGGGCGGGGCGGGGACGUGGACCAGGGCUGGGACCCGCUGUCGGACGCUCGGCCGGUGCCCAACAACUCGCACUCACACUCGCACGCGCUCGUCAGGAACGCCGCUGCGCUCUCCUUGCCCACCAUUGGUUUCGGCUCGGUAUACAUGAAGCUGUGGAACACACUGACGACGAUGGCGCGGGAGCCGCACCCACAAAUAUCACAAAUGGCCAAUGACAUCAUCAACUAUAUCUCCAACCAAGUCGACAGCGUGGGUCGUGAGUUGGAGCUGAUUCGAAGCAACUCGUCGUCGCUGCCGCCCUCGCCGAACACGCGCAACUCGCCCAUCAACGCGCACCACGAACACACGAGGACGUUACCGUCAGGUAAUCGGCGAGCUAAGGGACUACCGCAUACGAUUUCUGAAGAUUCCGUGGCACUCCGUGAUCGGGAACGAGAUUCUACCUCAUCCAAUUCUAGUCAACAGGUAAAGAAACCGAUAGUGAACUCAUCAUUUGUGGAGUGGGCGUCGUCGAUGUUCGCUCGCGCCGAGGGCCCGGAGGCCAGCAGCGGCGGAGGGGGGGGCGACUGGUGGCGCGACGACUGCGAGAGCCGCCUGCACCACGAGCGGGUGUGGCGCUACGCGCGCAACCGCAGCCUCAGGGCAGAAGCCGCCGGGCUGCGGGCGGGGCGCGUGUCGCGGCUGGAGUCGCAGGCCUUCCACUCGCGCUGCCCGCUGCCGCCGGCCGUGGUCAUGUUCCACCCCUACGAGCAACACGCCGCCGUCGCCUCCAAGGACAAUUUCGGCAUCUGGGACUGGGGCACGGCGGCCAAGCUGUGCGUGGGGUCGUGGCGGCGCGCCUGGGGCCGCAUCACGGCGCUGGCCUACCUCAACGCGCACGAGCACGCGCUGCUGGCCGUGGCCUCGCACACCGGCAACCUCGCGCUCUACCGCCCCGCGCGCGCCGCGCUCGAGCCCGCGCUGCUCGCCGCCUGGCGCGCGCUGCCCGUGCGGCCGCACGCCGACUACCGCCCGCCGCCCGCGCAGGCCGUCUACAGUCUGGCCCAGCUGGUGUCGGACCAGUUCUCGUCUGCGGAGGACAAGCAGGCCGCCGCUAAGAACAAACAUUCAGACGCCAACCCUCACCCGGCGGGCGGGGGCGGCGCGGGGGGCGCUGGUGGCGGCUACAGCCCGCAGCCGCCGCCGACGCUGGUGCGCUGGUGCGCGCGGCGCCGCACGCUGGCGCUGGCCGGCCGCGCGCCGCUCGUGCGCCUCUGGGACGCGCACACCGAGCUGCUGCUCGCCGACAUCGACACGGAAUGCGAAGCGGCGGCCACGUCCCUGUGGCGCGGGGGCGGGCACGACGGGUCGGGGGGGGGCGUCGCGCAGCAGCUCGUGUGCGGCUUCAGCGACGGCUCCGUGCGCGCCUGGGACGAGCGCGACUCGCCCCGCACCGUGUUCCGCCUGCACGACCACCACGCGCCCGUACUGGCCGCCGUGCACCGCCCCGACCUCUACACCAUGAUCACCGGCUGCAUUAACGGCGAGGUGCGCAUGUACGACUCGCGCAAGAUGUCGCAAGUGUCGGACACGGUGCGUGCGCCCGCGCCGCUCGCCGCCAUCGACGUGCACCCGCUCUGUAACCUCAUAGCGUGCGGGUCGGUGAACCAGUCCAUCAGCAUCUACGACCUGAAGGGUACACUACUCAAUACGAUCAAGUUCCACGAAGGGUUCAUGGGCGCGCGCAUCGGACCCGUCUCCUGUCUCACUUUUCAUCCACUCAGGUGUGCGAUGGGCGUGGGCUCGAAGGAUUCGUCGGUGUCGGUGUACGUGUCCGAGGCGCGCCGGUGA